AUGGAUUUCGCGAAGCUGGGUAUCAAACGAUUAUCGUACGACAACCACGAAGCCUGGACGAUUCGAGCUCGUCAGGUUUUGACCCGGGAAGGUUUGUGGAGCUACAUAUCUGCUGAAGCUACAGGUGAGGAAAAGACGAUUGAGUGGAAGACGAACGACGAGUUGGCGCUCCAAACUAUCGGAUUCCUGGUCGAAAACGCUCAACUAAGGAUCAUCAAGGAUGCCGGUACAGCAAGAGAAGCUUGGACACUGCUGAGCGACUAUUAUGUGAAGGACUCAUCGAUUGGAAAGGUUGCGCUGAUUAAAAAGUUGUCAAAGCUAGAGCUUGCCGAAGGUGGUGACAUGCGGCAACAUCUGGGUGAGUUUGAAGAGCUAAUCGAGAGAAUUGAAAAUGUUGGAUGUAGGAUGGACGAAGACAUAAGGCGGCUUUCAUCUUAG